AUGCCUCCUGUCAACAAAAAACUUGAUGUCAACGUAAAAGUAUCAGUUAGCAAGCGUUUCAUCACUGAUAAUACAGUGAAAACUAUAUUAUUCCGUGAGCACGACUGGAACGAGCCUAAGUUGAGCUUCCAAGGAAAGGCGAUUGCACGAUCUGAGGAAAAUGGUAAGGUGAUGUGCAAUGUACUGUUGGAUGAAGCAAAUGGCCACAUCCUCAAGCUUAGCGAAGGUGCUAUCAAGUACGUCGGCCCUCUUUCAACUCCUGUAGCUCAGGAGAUUGUUGUCGACACCAAUGUAGUCGAAGCUGAAGACUUGUUGGAAGAUGCAGUGGAUGAAGAUGAGGAAGAGGAAUCCAUCAAUUUGACUUCAAGUCGUGGGUGGACUGCUGGUGAGGCCUAUAUGGACUCUCGUCUAAGUGGUUCAGCAGAAGGAUUCACCUCCUUGAACUCUUGUUUAAUGAUGGACAAUGGAAGAUAUUCCUCUCCAUUGGAUUAUUUCUUGUUCUUCCUUCCUUCCUGUGGAUCAUUUUUAUUCCAUUAUCCACAACACCUGUUGCAAGCAAGACAUAAUAUAUGA